AUGUCCACUCUGGCAGCGGAUGUCCCUUUUGACUUCACUUUCGCCCCCUGCGACCCCACCACACCCCCGAGCUUCUCCUUUGACCCAUCUCUGCUCGAGAUGCCGUACCAGUCCUCCGGCCAUGCCCGGUCCAGCUCGCUCAGCUCGUCGGUCUACUCCUUUGACUCUUCGCCCUCGGAGCCUGUCACUGCGCCUAGCACUCGCCGGACCACGCCUGCGCGGUCUCCCAUCCGGACUCAUGGCCCCUUGUUGCUGCCCAAGAUCCGGAGCCAGGACCAGACGAUGAUCCCUCCUGCUGCGCCCGCCCGCCCGGCGAAGCGCGCCCGCACUUCCAUGAGCCCGGCCGCCGUGCCCAGCAAGCGCGCGUUCCGGCCGUCGCACGUCCGCAGCCAGACCAACCCCGAGACUAUCUCGAACUACUCGGCUGCGCUCUCCUUCACCGAGGACAGCAACCCGGCGCCUCUGCUGUGCUCCCCUGUCACCUUCUCCCGCGAGACCUCAGUCGUGAUGGACUCGAGGCGGGCGUCCUCGUGCAGCGUCGACAACGUCACCGUCGACAGCUUCUUCCCGUCGUACCAGAUGCCUGCUACCAGCUACUUGCCCGUCGCGCGUGCCAGCAGCAGCCCCACGCCGCCGCCAAUGCCUAUGCAGCCCGAGCAGUUCAUGUACCAGCAGUUCAUCCCACGUGAGUCUUCGCCGCUGGCCGCCGCUGCGCCCAUCGUGCCCGACGUGUCGCCGCCCACCACGCUCUACAACUACCUCACUGCGCCUAACCCGACCCCUUCGCUGGUCCGCACCCUCUCGUUCCCACUCCGGGACCCCAACACCAAGCACUUCUGGUGGGACGUGCGCCAGGUCCGCCCCUGGACCAACUUCACUGCGGCCUCCAUCCUGUCCAUGCCCGGCGCAGCCUCGUGCCUUUCCACCGCCAUCCCCUCCUCUGUCGUGCCCACCCCGGCCGUGACCCAGCGCCACCCAGAGACGGAGUCCGCCCUCCACUCUAUCUACGCGGCGCACUACCUCCCCAAGCUUAACAACGCCCUGGCCCUGUGCUCAGCCCGGCCUCUUAAACUCUCCGUCCCCGCCUCCAAGCCCACCCCCGCAGCAGCUGCUGCCGCUUCUUCCUCUUCUUCUGGCCCAUCCUCCAGCGACUGCAUGUUCAUCGCCUCCGCAGCCGGCGAGUCCUCCUCAGCCGCCGCCCUCUUCGGUGGCAAGCCGACCGCGCGCGUCGUCGGCCUAGUCAAGAGCUUCGACCGCUUCAACACCGGCAUGCGCGCCGAAGGCAACAUCAAGCGCGUCGAGUACCUCCGCGGCCUCGCCCACCUGCACCACGCCAUGCGCGAGCACGGCUGCCGCUACGGCUUCAUCCUGACGGAAAUCGAACUCGUCUUUGUCCGCAACGGCUCCGACAAGACCCCCCACUUCGGCUUCCUCGAGGUCGGCUCGGUGCAACUCGCUGCCGCCGACGACCUUGACGUCCUAUCUUCCUCGGAAAACCACGGGCCCCUCCGGCCGGACGAAGCCAAACUCACGGCCUGCCUCGCCCUCUGGGGCCUGUGCAUGUUGGCCGGGGAUGAGCCGAUGCCAGGGCAUGCGCACUGGAAGUCGGAGAUUGGCGCGCCGGCCGAUGGCACGAGGCGCAAGGCGCUGCCGAGGGAUAGCUGGAUGCCGCCUGCGCAGUUGGCGGAGAAGAGGGAGGCGAAACGGGCGCGUGGGUGGGUGUUGCCGGAGUGUCCGGUGGGGAGGAAGGAGGUGGGGAAGAGGGGGGUUAAGUAUGGUGGGUGUUAG